CAAAAUCUGACCGUUGUCUCCACCGGACCUCACCAUAUACAUUUGUCCUGGAAUAAAUAUAAUAUUUACGUCACUGGAUUCGAAAUCUUUUGGAAAAUUCUAAAUUCCUGCGUGACAACCGAAUUUGCGAGAAUACAGUCUCCGAACUCAGCCUUCAACAUAACUGGUCUCCAGCCCUUCACCUGGUAUCAAAUGACCGUGCGAGCUUAUAAUAGUCUGGGGUCUGGACCAAACAGUUCCUAUGUCAAUGUGCGCACGCAGGCCAAAAGCCUUGGUAGGAUGUAUUUCAGUUAUCAAAGUGACUUUUAUAUUAAUUGAGUAUCGUCUUAUUUCAUUUUAUCUAGAAUGUAUUUUUAAUUUCACAUGCUUUGAAUUCCAGUUAAUCUUCCUCCAGUUCCCCAAAACAUUAGCGUGACAGCUAAGAAUUCUACUUAUGUGACAGUCGAAUGGUUGCCAGUGUCACGUCAUCUUGUGUCGAAUUAUCAUUACAACUACACCCUUUCGUGGCUCGCCGUUAAAGGAGGGUCGCCAGGCGUCAUUACAAACGUAACUCUAAAUGUGACAUCAUUCAAGAUUCGUGGGCUGACCCCAUACACAAAACAUGUUUUACAAGUGGCUGCAAGGGACUGGAACGGGACAGGCAGAUUCAGUAAUCCCUUGUGUGUGUAUACACUAGAGGAUGGUAAGUUAAACUAAUGCAACCUUUAGAAGUUUUCACGAACAGGUUAAAUUUUCCUAAAAAUGUGUCCUCUCUCUCAGAACAUUGGCAAGCGAACCUUGCUAGAACAAAACACGAGGGGAGGGGGCAAGGGAAUCGAGAAUGUUUUAAGCCCCUUCCCCCCUCCCCUCCUAACCAACCUCCCUACCUAACCAAAGCGAUUUUUAGGGUCGUCAAGAAUAGAUGCAGAAACCAUCAUAAGUGAGGCAUAGAAUUGCUUUGGCAAAAUGUGUUGUCUUCUGAUCGUGUCAUGAUUUGUUUCACUGGGUAGAUACAUGUUAUAAUACUUCUUAGAGCUAAUACUUACCAAAAGAAAGCUUCAUAAAGAAUUGGAUAACUUGAUUCUAUCGGUUUUUGGCUUUCUCGCUAAGGUUUUACUUUUCUUUAGUUCCCAGUCUAGCGCCGCAAAAUGUUACCGUCCAGAGCCUCAACUCUUCUUCUUUUGUACUCAGCUGGGGUCCAGUCCCUUUACAAUAUGCGAACGGAAGGAUUCAAGGAUAUCGGGUGAGAGUUUGGGAACAAAACGUCACUAACGUAUCAUAUUCCGUUAACAAAAAGAUGAUUCUUGUAGAAGGACUGCAGCCAUAUACAACAUAUAAAGUGAAAGUUUCGGCUUACACGUCAGUGGGAGAAGGAAAUGGUUCAUUUUUGUUGGUAACAACACUAAAAGCAGGUGAGUCUUCAGCAGAUUUCAAACUUAACAAACCACAGUAGCGUUCUCCGUUCUGUUGCUUGAGCUAAUUCUGUUACUUGAAUGAGCAUAUUUUAAUACGCAACUUCGGUAAUACUGGCGCUAGAAUAGCACGCGAACAACUUUCCUACUAAGGAAUCUGGGACUGGGUUAGCCAAUUUUAUUUUGGACGCCAGUAUCAGCAGUCACGUAUUGAAUGCCAAACAAACUAAAACGUAGGUGCUCACAAAUGUCGAGGAGAACACAGGACGCUAUAUAUCACAAAGAGCUAAUGAGAACUGAUUGCAAAAACAUUGAACCUGCCUAAAGCGCACGAAAACGUGUGAGAUCAAACUGAGAUUGGUUUUAAUCGAGCAUUUGAUUGGUUGAGAGGAAGCGGUGAGGUCUCAGGACCAAUCAGAGACCGAGAUGAUGAUUAGUCUCAUUUUUGUUCGAGAUUACAUCAGCUGAGACAUUCUCCUACCCAUCUGCCUUUUCUUCUUUUAGUUAUAGUAAUUGUUUACGUCUUUGUCAGUUGAUACAAAACAGGCCAUUCUUGCACCGGAAAACGUGACAGUCAAUGUAACGAGCGCCACCUCCUGUCACGUUCAGUGGCUCUCAGUGUCACACAAUCACACCUUACAAAGUCCAUACAAUUAUACACUGGAGUGGGAAUCUACUAGAUACGGAAAGGCGAAUGUAACGGUAGAAGCAACAUCUUACAACCUCCAAGGCCUCGUGCCAUUUACAACUUAUGGUAUACGUGUGGCUGCUGUAGAUGGGGUUCAUAAUUGGACGUUCAGUAAUACAGUUUGGUUCCAGACUCCAGAGGCGGGUAGGAAACUAUCGUCAUUUUAUCCGUUCAUUGAAAGCUGCUCAUCAAUUUCACCGAGGUUUUUAGAAUAAAAUGUGUGUUCCAGCAUUUGGUUCCUAACUAUUGAUCAUGGACAUUUCUGCUUUUAGUUCCAAGCCAAUCGCCGCAAAAUGUCUCUGCUUCCAGUGUCAAUUCGAACUCGUUUCAACUUAAUUGGGUUCCAGUCCCUCAAGAAUUUGCCAAUGGCAGGAUUCAAGGUUACCGAGUGAGAAUCUGGGAAUUAAGUCAGUGGAUAGCAGCUAUGAGACCGAACAAAACAACAGUUGACAACUCGACAACCAGCGCUCUGAUUGGUGGACUGGAAGCUUACACGAAUUAUGUAGUGCAGAUAUCGGCCUUUUCGGCGGCAGGAGAAGGGAAUAUCACCCACAUAAAUGUAUCUACUCAAGAGGGAGGUAAGUAAAUCGCUUAUUGACUUUUUAACCAAUAAAUUAAAAAAAAAUCUUCCAGGCAAAAAAGUGUUCAGCCAGUAUGAAUGAUAAUUUCAAAAAUCUAGCUAUUAAAGGCAUAAGUCAUGGAGGUCUGACAAGUGUCUUAGAACAAUUUACUGAGGUGUAAGUCGCUGAAUUUCGACAGUAUCUGCCAACAUUUAUUAAGGGGAGAGCAGUUGACGUUCUGCAAAAACUAUCAUUUGGGAAAGACAAGUUUAUGAGCAGCCCAUUCGCACAUUCUCAUUUUAACCUCUCUAGCGUGGUUUGCUUUGAUCCAGAAACAUACGAAAUAUAUCGCCGACGUUUACAAGCUUCAAAUAAAAAUUAGUUUUCUCCCCUCAUAUGGAUAGUUGACGGGAAACACAAUACAAUAAUAUUAACAUUUCCUGACCUAAGGAGUAGCGAUGGCGUGGUGAUGAGGGGGCUAGCCUCCCUCUGCCGUGGCUUGGGUUCGAUUCCCGAACCUGGUAUCAAAUGUAGGUUGAAUUUGUUGUUGGUUCUUGGACCUUCUUGUCGUUACUCCGAGGGUUUUUAUCCGUGUUCUCUCUCCACAAAAACGAAAGAAAGUAAAGCCACUCUAUAAGAAUGUUUCUAUGCAAGUUAAAUUUUCAGUCAUGUUGCAGAGAUUCGGCUAACUCGCAGUUUUUAAGAUGAUAAAUCAUAAUUGGCCGAUAACGUUUAGUUAAAGAGUAUAAAUUCCCGAAGGAGCUAUGAAAGGAUUCUCCCAUGUGUUGCAAACCCAGCCUUUCUCAAAUGGCGCCUCUGAGCACAAUGCCCUUACCUUUACUUAAAAAAGUUGAAAGCUUUUAUACCAGAGCCUAACUCUACUCAGUUUAAGAAUAGCCUUGGUUAUUUACGGGGCAGCAUCCUUAUUUGAACCAGCCGAGUGUCAUCGUAAUGUAAUUAGCCUUUGUGAGUGAGUGAUCGUAUUCUCCCGUUCCAACUGAAUUCAGUUUCAAACUUUGUUAAGUCACGUUGUGGUUUUUCCAACAUGAUGUUAAGCCCCUAUAGUUAUAUUUUUGGCUAGUGUGAUUAAAGUCGCUGCUACCACAUAAUCUUUACAACAAUUAUCAAAACAUCCUUGCUUAGUGAGGCCAACCUUUUCCUUUGAUACUUUUUCGGUUUGCUUAGUUAAGCUUACAGCCAUAUCAGGUCAGACACAACAAAAAAACCAUUUCCUGGUCUUAUCAUAUUUGGGCACCAUCUGAUAUCUCUUACUAAACAGACGCAAGACAACACGGAAUCUUUGUUAAGUAUUCAUGCGUGGCGCGCUUGAUUUUAUAAUUUAGCCAAUCGCGUCCACAGACCUUGAACCUGGCAAUGGAAGUUGACGUAGACACCUCCAAGUUAUCCUUCCUUUUUCAGUUAGGUCUUUGAGCUUUCUUUACCGCAAAUGAAUUUGUUCCUUGAUUGUUUCCGAAUUUAAGAAGCUUUGAAGUCUUUAAUUAAAGCCAAAUGUUGUAGUUGAUUUAAUAAGUUUAUUACAUAUUUAAUUACGAAAUAAUUUUCUACUUUCGGUACGCUUAACAUGUCGUUUCGCCUAAAUUACAAAAUUUCAUUAGUCCACUACUACACAAUUUUACCAUAUUAGGGACAUCAAACCGUGCAAAAUAUGCCACGGUAUGACACUGAAGAACAAGGCGAAAAGUACGGACGGAAAGUGGAGCAACAAAAUCGUCUUCGAAGUUUGAUACUUUUUAGUAUUUCGCCGAAAUCACAUCCAAACUAAAAUGUCGAUGAAUAUUUUAUUGUAAACACAAAAUAGUAACGUUAACUCUUUGCUGUUUAUUUACAGUUCCAACCAGACCUCCGCAGCAAGUUCAAGGAAUCAAGCAAAGCUCAACCAGCUUACUGAUCACGUGGAUUACCGUCCCAUCAGGCCACGCGCACGGAGUGAUCAUAGGUUACAACGUUUACGUCAACAAUGGCAGUGUACGCGUUCUCUCCACAUCUGUUAAUAACGCUGUGCUGACUGGUCUCAACAAAUACACUCAGUACACGGUUCAAGUAUCGGCAAACACAUCUGCAGGAGAGGGUCCAAGAAGUUCUCCAAUCAGUGUAUGGACUGACGAAGACGGUGAGUAGAAAAAGGAAGAGUUUUCCUUAAUAUUUUAAUUUCCGUAGGUUACAUUUUUCUCUUAUUUGACCACGAGUGAACAUUAAAAGACGACAAUGUCCAGAAACCAACAAACUUUUGUCGGUAUACGUAAAACUUUGACAUUGUCCGUGUUUCGAGAAUCCGCGUGCACAUUUGAUGAAACAUUUCGGACUCUCACCCUGAAUUAAACGUUGCCAAUGAAACGAUGUACCUCGCGACACACGCUUCACAUUUCGUUCUAAACUGAAUCGUCCUCCGUCGACUCGCUAUUUAUAACUAUUGUCGAGAGGGGGGCGCUUGACCGACGAUGGGGAAGGUAGAAAGGAAGGUAAGAGAUGUUUCCUCUCUUUUUUUCUUCCUUUUUAUCUUCCCCAUCGUUGUGGUAGUACAGUCUCUUACGACCCCGCGACUGCGUACUUCAAAUAAGACGCAAAUAUAGGCGAGUCGGGGAAUCAGGUAGAUUCUAAUUUUUGUCACUGUUGAAAGGCAAUCAGUAUUGAUAAGCUUAUUAAAAUGUAGUAACUAAAACUCAAAGUUAUUCCGAGGUGAAAAUUGAGAUCCACCUUAAUCAUUUUAACAAAGUUAAGCUGUUGUUAUGAAGAUCGCUAUAUAUUUUUCCACAGUAGUCGAGAAAGUAUUGCGUUAUUUGGAUUCGUGAAGUUAUGUUUCUAAUAAUAUGACUACCAACGGGUCUACCAAUAUUCUUGCAGCGCCGUGUGAUCCACCCAAAAAUAUGGUGGCCAAUAACAUCACGAGUACAAGUGUCACUGUCCAAUGGGGUUACCAUGGAAACUGCCCUAAACCGGGCUUCAUUCAAGGAUACCGACUGACAUACCAGAUGCAUGGGAUAGUACCCAGUCCAUCUGCGUCCUUGAGAGUUUCUGGAGAAAACAAAACGAGAGCAAUUUUGAACGGUUUGAGGCCUUACUCAACCUAUAGAAUUCAACUUCAGGUCUACACUGCUACUGGCCGUGAGGGGAAGCCAAGUACUGCCUUAGUCAAAACGAAGGAAGGAGGUGAGAAUGUAGACAUUGGUGGUCACGAGAUGUCAAUCAAGGUUGUCGUAAGUGUCAUUAUUACCAAUGGGGAACUCCCACAAAACACUCUUUCUGGUAGUUCCCUUGUCGCCUAAUUUUACAACUGUUAUGGCACUUUGCUUGUAUUUGUUGGAAACUUUACGAUACCUUAAUUAUUCUUAACUCAGCUUGAUUGACAUUUAUAAGUGAUUUCGUUUGUUUAUACAUAACCAAACAACAUGUGAGCGGCACGUGUUUUAUCGCCCCAUAUAUGGAACUGUUCUACGUACUUACAAUGGGACGUUGAUGGUGUGUUUUCUUCGAAUAAGUUGUGAGUGGGAGUUAACCGAAGCGUUGUAGUAAAAUCGUCAAAUCAAGUGAAUAAACUGUGAGUUAAUAAGGAAGCGUGGAACAGCUCUUUCACGUUUUCAACAGUUUUGACUUCAAGUUCUCGCCAGUUCCUCAGGUAUCUACCUUUAUUAAUUGUGUUUACUUUGAUAAAAAAUCGAAAAAGACGACACUUAAUCGAAGAGCUUGGACUCCUUAAAUCAGUCAUACAGUUUUUCAACUAUGAUUUUUUCAUUUUAGUUCCCAGUCGAGCUCCGUCUGGACUUGAAGCUUAUAUGGUGUGGGAGACAGAUAUCUUCCUUCGCUGGUCCUCAGUCCCCCAGGGAUACGAAAACGGCAUUAUCCGAGGGUUCAAAAUUUUCUUAAACUUAAAAAACGGAGUGAAAACUCAUGUCUUUGUUAUCAGGGAAGAAGGAAAGAGACUGGAGGCUUUAUCCAACCUCAAGCCAUUUUCAGAGUAUGAAGUGUCCAUAUUGGCAUACACUUUAUCGGGAGAUGGCGUAACAUCGUCAAGUAUCACAGUAACGACAGACGAGAGUGGUAAGCUUUACAUGUGAUUGUCAGAGAUGGCAUGUCAACCGUAGCUUUACCUUAAGCAUUAUCAAGAGCCAUUCGUCACACAAGUCAUAGAAUAUAAACCUAAGAAAAUGAGUUCCUUGUUUUAAAAAAAAUAAACAGAUAGUUGAUAACAAAUAAGAAAUUUAUUAUUAAUUAUCUUUUCUUAAUCAUGAAUUGAUGUUAUUUAAUUAUUAAUUAAUUAUUCUAAUCAUCUUCGAUCUGUAACAUACAAACUGUACCUCAGUGUUGGUUGGGUGUCCUGUUCUAUGACAAAUGUUAGGCAUUCCAUGAGUCGUCCGUGAUAGAUCCCCCUAAGAUUUCCGAAAACUUGAAUGAUCUGACUACAAGUUGAGAAAUAUUUCCCUUCAGACUCUCGCCGAAUUCUCCUUCCUUUUUCUCGAAGAAGAUAUGAUUUUAUCGGACGAGGUCUGCUCGAUAGCAUUGAUGUCGGGGAAGGAAUAUAAAAAAAGUUUUCUUUUUAGUUCCUAGUGCCCCUCCGUCAAAUGUGACUGUCCAGGAGAAAACUAGUACGAGCAGUCUGUCGAUCCAGUGGAUGGAUGUCCCGGGUAAUGAAACAAAUGGUCAUCUGAUUGGAUAUACGGUGACAUAUCGGGCCGUGAAGGUUGGCGGGAAGGAAGUUGUCGACGAUGUAGUAAAGAAGAAGUCAGUCGGGACUGGAACCCAUUCGAUAACUUUGAACGAUCUGCAGAGUUUUACGACUUAUGAAAUCAGAGUUGCAGGAAUCACACGGCGCGGCGAAGGAGUCUUCAGUCAACCAAUUGAGGGAGGUUUGUGUAAAGAAUGCGUUUACAUCGUUUCAACCCACGGUUAAAACUAUAUCAAAGGGGAACAGGUUCUCAUCAUAUGCUGAUUUGUUUUGCUCUUCUUAGUUUGAGAAAAACGUGAUGAUCAGUCAUUCACUUUCACUAGGGUAACCCCGUCAAUAACGCGCUAUCGUUAGGAUGGAUAUCAAAUUGCAAAUUUUCGGGUACCCAACGCACGUUUCACGCGAGAAACAUCCUACGUCUCGCAUCAUUCGCACACUCAUCGUGUAUUUCUCCACGCGCCGCAAAGCAUCAGUAUGCAUUUCCAUCACUCCGUGAAGGUUUCGCCAACAACUUCACCUGUAGACGCGUUUCUUACGUGCUUUUUGUCCGCGGCUUCUGUAUAUUUCACAUAUUUAAACACAGAUUUGCAAUGAGCAGAAUUACUGGUAUUUUGAAUGCGUGCCGAGUAACCUUGGAACUAGUGAUCACUAUCGGUGAUUGGUCAGGCAACAAAACUAUUUCUUAAAAUUUGUUUACCUCUUCCUUUAAGAAACCUGUCAUUGUGGAAAGCGACUCACAACAAACUACUGGUUCUACCCUCCUUACGUCAUCCGCUCCUCAACCAAUCACACGAGCGGAAUCUUUAUGGCUAUUCUCGACGAAAUGGUUCUCCACUGCUGCGGUGAUUGUCGAAAUGGCCACGGUACUUCCUUCAUAGAUUAUACCUUAGAUGGGAAUAACAAUCCCUCACAGAAAAACACCGAGGAAGACAUGAGGAUAUCUAUCGACUCUAACACAGAUUUGAGUCUACCAGUGUAUGGUUUUUCUGACCAGCGGAGGUACAUGAAACGCUUCCGGUUUGUGCCUAUCGUGGAGUCCCCUGGGGCAGCAUUUAUUGUGGCAAGGAAGGAGUUUGGAUCUGAAUCACCCAUAGAGCGCCUGGUAUAUGGCUUUGGACCGUUAUUACUGUUUAAUGUGAUGACAAUUUGUUUGACCGGAUUAUUGAUGUGGAUUCUGGUAAGU